GGUUCCAGGGUCUUGUUUUCUCUCAUUUCCGGGUGGAUCAGGUGACUCCCCGGCUGCGCCAUGGCGGAAGCAGAGGAGCAGGAAACUGGAUCUCUGGAAGAAUCUACAGAUGAGUCCGAGGAAGAAGAGAGUGAAGAGGAACCCAAACUGAAGUAUGAAAGGCUCUCCAAUGGGGUAACUGAAAUCCUCCAGAAGGAUGCUGCUAGCUGUAUGACGGUCCAUGACAAAUUCUUGGCACUGGGCACACAUUAUGGCAAGGUUUAUUUACUUGAUGUCCAGGGGAACAUCACUCAGAAGUUUGAUGUAAGUCCUGUGAAGAUAAAUCAGGUUAGCCUGGAUGAAAGUGGAGAACACAUGGGCGUGUGUGCAGAGGAUGGCAAGGUGCAGGUAUUUGGACUGUAUUCUGGAGAAGAAUUUCAUGAGACUUUUGACUGUCCCAUUAAAAUCGUUGCUGUGCACCCGCAUUUCGUGAGAUCCAGCUGCAAGCAGUUUGUGACGGGAGGGAAGAAGUUGCUGCUGUUUGAACGAUCUUGGAUGAGCAGAUGGAAGUCUUCAGUUCUGCAUGAAGGGGAAGGGAACAUAAGGAGUGUGAAGUGGAGGGGCCAUCUGAUCGCCUGGGCCAAUAAUAUGGGCGUGAAGAUUUUUGACAUCACCUCAAAGCAGAGAAUCACGAACGUGCCCCGGGAUGAUAUAAGUCUUCGCCCAGAUAUGUAUCCCUGUAGCCUCUGCUGGAAGGACAGUGUGACGCUGAUCAUCGGCUGGGGGACGUCCGUCAAGAUAUGCUCAGUGAAGGAACGGCAUGCCAGUGAAAUGAGGGACUUGCCCAACCGAUACGUUGAAAUAGUGUCUCAGUUUGAAACUGAAUUCUACAUCAGUGGACUGGCACCUCUCUGUGAUCAGCUUGUUGUACUUUCCUACGUAAAGGAGGUUUCUGAAAAAACGGAAAGAGAAUACUGUGCCAGACCCAGAUUGGAUAUCAUCCAGCCACUUUCUGAAACUUGUGAAGAGAUUUCUUCUGAUGCCCUGACCGUGAGGGGCUUUCAGGAAAAUGAAUGUCGAGAUUAUCACUUAGAGUACUCAGAAGGGGAGUCACUCUUUUACAUCGUGAGUCCAAGGGAUGUUGUUGUAGCGAAGGAACGAGACCAAGAUGACCACAUCGACUGGCUUCUUGAAAAGAAGAAAUAUGAAGAAGCUUUGAUGGCAGCUGAAAUUAGCCAAAAGAACAUUAAAAGACAUAAGAUUCUGGACAUCGGCUUGGCGUAUAUAAACCAUCUGGUGGCAAAAGGAGAGUAUGAUAUAGCAGCACGCAAAUGCCAGAAAAUUCUUGGGAAAAAUGCAGCACUCUGGGAAUAUGAAGUUUAUAAAUUUAAAGAAAUUGGACAGCUUAAGGCAAUUAGUCCUUAUUUGCCAAGAGGGGAUCCAGUUCUGAAACCACUCAUUUAUGAAAUGAUCUUACAUGAAUUUUUGGAAAGUGACUAUGAGGGUUUUGCCACAUUGAUCCGAGAAUGGCCAGGAGAUCUGUACAACAAUUCAGUAAUAGUUCAAGCGGUUCGGGAUCACCUGAAGAAAGAUAGUCAGAACAGGACCUUACUUAAAACCCUGGCAGAAUUGUACACCUAUGACAAAAACUAUGGCAAUGCUUUGGAAAUAUACCUAACGUUAAGACAUAAGGAUGUUUUCCAAUUGAUCCACAAACAUAAUCUUUUCAGUUCUAUCAAGGAUAAAAUUGUUUUAUUAAUGGAUUUUGAUUCUGAGAAAGCUGUUGACAUGCUUCUGGACAAUGAAGAUAAAAUUUCAAUUAAAAAAGUAGUGGAAGAAUUAGAAGACAGACCAGAGUUGCAGCACGUGUACCUGCAUAAGCUUUUCAAAAGAGACCAUCAUAGGGGACAGCGCUACCAUGAGAAGCAGAUCAGCCUUUAUGCUGAAUUCGACCGACCCAACUUGCUUCCAUUUCUCCGAGACAGUAUCCAUUGCCCCCUUGAAAAGGUGAGUCCCAGAUGCCCCAGCUCAACACUGCGAGGUGAGAGUCGUCUUUGUUGGUAAGCUCUGGGUUCUUCUAGUAUUCUGUCUCUG